GGGGGGAAGGGGCUGCGGGGGGGGAAGGGGCUGCGGAGAGCGCAUCUCGUUUUGACGUCUUCGUCGCCUUCUCCGGGAACGAAGAAAAAGUUUCGCGAGAAAAAUAACGGCGCCUUUUGGAAAUCAGUCCCAAGUGAAGAUAAAUGGUGGAAGCGAUUGUUGAAUUUGAUUACAAAGGUCAGCAAGAUGAUGAGCUGACCAUCUCUGUGGGUGAGGUCGUGACCAACAUCGAGAAAAAAGAUGGAGGGUGGUGGGAGGGUGAACUCGGUGGCCGAAGAGGUUUGUUCCCUGACAACUUUGUUAGAGAAAUAAAGGGUGUAAAGAAAGAACACCACAUAACUGUAAAACCCACAGAGAUGCUGGGGAGUGAAUUCCCCAAUGGCAGCCCAGUAUCUUCAAGUGAUGCGAGUCUCAAAAGUCCUAGAAAAGCUGAACAAAACAGACGAAGAAGAUGUAAAGCAGUGUUCAGUUAUGCCCCUCAGAAUGAAGAUGAGCUGGAGCUGAAAAUUGGUGACAUCAUUGAUAUUCUGGGUGAAGUCGAAGAAGGCUGGUGGGAAGGGGUCCUCAAUGGAAAAACUGGAAUGUUUCCCUCAAAUUUCAUUACAUCAUUUGCAGAUGAACAAGAGGAAAUGACCAACACUCAAGAAGAUACUGGAUUAAAAAUGCAUGUAAAGGAAAAAGGAAGUCCUGAACAGGAUGGUACAGAUGGGCACAGUGGAAAAACAGAAGGAGCAAAUGGUUCUGCAGUGACAGAAAUUCAGCCAAAAAAAAUAAAAGGAUUUGGCUUUGGAGACAUUUUCAAAGAUAAAGCGAUCAAACUAAGACCGCGAUCCAUGGAAAUAGAGCUUGAUAACCCCAUUGAUAAGCCCUCUACGAAAAAAGUACUUCCAGUUAUGCCCACUCAGGAGUCGUCGAAAUCUGAACCUGACAGCAGAGCUAAGGGUAAAGAAUACUGCAAAGUAUUAUUUCCAUAUGAAGCACAAAAUGAAGAUGAGCUGACCAUCAAAGAAGGCGAUAUUGUAAUUAUUAGAAGUAAGGAAUGUGCUGAUGCUGGAUGGUGGGAAGGUGAAACCAAUGGUAAACACGGAGUUUUUCCAGAUAAUUUUGUCAAGCUUCUACCUCCGGACUUUGAAAAAGAGCGACCCAAGAAACCUCCACCUCCUUCAGCUCCAGGCAUCAAGCCACUAUCAGGACCAAAACCUGACUGCUUGCUUACUGACAAAAGGACCGAAUCAAAAAGGAUACCUCCCGAAAGACCAGAAACCUUGCCAACUAGGAUAGAGGACAAAGAAGACAAGUCAGAACGAGAUCAAGCCAAGCCCUCAGUACCUGCAAUACCACCGAAGAAACCUUUGCCUCCCAAGACCAAUUCUUUAACAAGACCAAAUACAUUGCCUCCUAGACGUCCAGAAAGACCAGUAAUUCCCACAGGUCACAACAGGUCUGACAGCGAUUCAAAGUCUGAACUAGGAGUUUCUAUUAUUCUCUGCACGUCUGAGAGAGAGUCCUUGGAAAAGACCAAUGACAUUGACGUAGGGAGUUUUGAUAGUGUGGUUUCUUCCACUGAGAAACUUAAUCAUCCAACUGCCUCCCGUCCCAAAGCUAGUGGGAGACGACCCCCAUCUCAAGUCUUUACAUCUGAUGGAAAAUGCUCCCAGAUGUCAGCAAAGUCCCUGUCCACUUUCCACCAGCCCUCACUUUCAAGUCCUGAUUACCUGGAUUCGCCCAUAGCACAAGAAGACGAGCGAGAAGAGCAGGAGAAAAUAGAGUUGGAUUGUAGCACAACAAAAGUAAAGAGAGCCCCAAGACCCAUACCUGCGUUACCAACAUCUGAUAAAACAGCAUUGCCACCAAAACCUGGGCACUCGGUUUUGCCAUCUGGAUGCAAUCCACAUGCAACCAUGGUUCCUACAUUUCACCAUACCAUUGCUUCAGGAUCCGGACAAAGGCCAAACUCCCCAUCUAAGUUCAAUACUGAUAUGAAGCCAAAGAGUGACAAGAGUCAAGAUGCAAUUGAGGAGUUGAGGACACAAGUGAAGGAGUUGAGAACAUUCAUUGAAUUGAUGAAGUCUCAACACAAAAAAGAGAUAACUCAAUUGAUGAAUGAACUAGAUGAAGAAAAGAAGAUACGUAUAUCAUUGCAAUGUUUCUUUAACAGCUGGAAGUGGAAGGAAUUAAGAAAGCACUUCAAUCAAAGUGAUGGACUGUUUCCUGGAUGUAGUGCUGCAGUGACACCUUUCUGUGAUUCCAGGAUUUAGUUAAAACAGCCAAAUUUAGGUUUGUGCCAAAUUCAUUUUGUAAGCAUUUCCUGCUCCCUCCCCUUACAUCUUUUAUAAACAACUUUUCAUGAGUUUUGUAAAAUCUGAUCACACGAUAACUGCUGAGUGAUUUACUAUGUCCCCCUGUACUACAUGCACUGAUGUCAAAAUGGCUCUUCUAAUGCUAGAGGCUUAUAUACAUAUAUAUAUAUAUAAUUGCAAUGAAUCAAAAGUAACUCAGGCACACAAGUCCAUUCUGGUACUAUUUGAUGCUAUUUUUCCAAUAAAUAAAAUGUAAUGUUUCUGGGUACCAGUUUACACGCCUGAUGGUUUCUUUGUUCAUUUAUUUCUUGUAUUGACAUCUGUGUUCUAGUUAAAUUCCUUGAAGGGUAGUUACACCCUUUGAGCAUACAGCAGUUGUCCAGUUUUACUUUUGUGUUAAGGACCUGUGUCUUUUGGUGUACAAUGCUUAUUUUGUUUUGAAAUGAUCCUUUUAAGUACAAGCCUCGUAAUGGAAAUACUCAUAUGGUGAGCAAACAGUCUUACCAAAUUAACAUUGUAGAAUGUAUGGGAUUGAAUUGGUGCCUGAGCAAAUUCUAUUAAAUGUUCCCAUUUAGAGUAGCCAUUAAAUUGGCAUGUACUUCAUUGGAAAUUUCAUUUCUGAGCUGCAUUUAAAUUUGAUUUAUUAAAUACAUGAUUGCUAUUUUCA